ACCGUUGACAAAGAGCCCAGAAUCCCGGCCCACAUAUUUUCUAGCAGUUAGGGAGCACGACUGAAUCCAGCCUGACAAUUUCAAACGACACCGGAGUCUAUCGAAAGAUCACCGCUUCCCGUCGGCGGCGAACUUCCGCAAUCUCCUUUUCCGGCGAAUAGUGUUUUGAUUCAUCAGGUGCGCUCCUUAAAGUUCUGCAUAUCUAAAUGGACACACUUUCAACUGAAGAUUCUAUUAUGAAGAGUGCGGAAUUGAUAUCCAAGAAAAAAAGAAAAAGGGCGAGGCAGAAGGCUAACAGAAAGGUAAGAAAGCAAAGGUUGGGUCAAAUGCUGAAAAAUCUGGAGGCUCCUAAAAGUGAAGAAAGUUCCGUUGAAGAUGUUGCUAAUUUAGAGAACUCUGAAGCACAAUUGCCUCCUCUAGGACAUCUGCAAAUACAAACAGAAUCAACCAAAACUCUUUUGGAAAAGAGUUCUGUUAAGAGAAAAAGAAGAAAUAAAAGAGGUAGGAUGAAGGCGUUGGACAAAAAUGUUGACCCUUGUAGCAUGGAUCAGAACAAUGUUCCCUCAAAUCCAAUACUGCUGGAUAAUAAGCAUGGAGACGUAGAAAAUGACAAUCCAAAUAUUUCCAUUGAUGUCGUAGCUGGUUUAGAGAACUCUGAUGCUCAAUUGCUUCCUCUAGGACAUCUUGAAAUGCAAACAGAAGCGACCACAACUCUUUUAGAAAAGAGUCCUUUUAAGAAAAAGAGAAGGAAGAAAAGAAGUACGAUGAAGGCGUUGAACAAUUCAGAGUUAACCAUGCAAGUUCAGUCAGCUCCCAUAAGUUCAGAUGAUUUCUGCAUGAUGAGGAGUUCUCAUUUGAAGAGAAAACUUCUCAUCCUUGAUGUUAAUGGUCUACUUGCAGAUGUAGUCAAUCCACCGCCAAAAGAAUGCAAGGCUGAUGCAUGUUUCUCAAGACGGGCAAUAUUUAAGAGACCCUACUGUACUGAUUUUCUGAAUUUUUGCUUUGAAAGAUUUGACGUGGGCAUCUGGUCUUCUAGAUCCAAGAAGAACAUUGUUAAAGUUGUUGAUUAUUUAUUGGGAGACUUGAAGCAUAAGUUGUUAUUUUGUUGGGAUAUGUCGCAUAGCACUGAGACAAUGUUUAGGACACUUGAGAACAAGCAUAAGCCCUUGGUUUGCAAGGAGCUGAGCAAGGUGUGGGAUAGAUAUGAUCCAAAUCUACCAUGGGAAAGAGGGGAUUAUGAUGAAUCAAAUACUUUACUAGUGGAUGAUUCUCCCUACAAGGCCUUGCUAAAUCCGGUGCACACUGCAAUAUUUCCUCAUUCCUACAACUUCAAAGCCAAGAAUGAUAAUUCACUAGCUCGUUUAGUCAAUAGGUCUGCCACAAGAUUGGCUUCUCUAAAGCAGUGAGUUAUUUGCACUUCAGCUUGGUCCACAAUCUGAUUCGUGGAGUUUAUAACCUGCUUCAACUUGAGGUUGUUUGUAUUGCCUGUUCUCAGCAUCUUGGUCACUAAUUCUGUGUCCAGUUCAACCAAAUAUUGUUAUAUGCCUUCUGUACACACCAGUCGAUUCCCUCCUUUGCUGCAAAAGCUUCUGCAAAGCUGUUGCUACCUAAGUUGCUCGGACUCUCCAAAAGUGUUGCCGCAUCCAUGUUGGAACCUAAAAAAUGCACUACUUUAGAAGGGUCCAACAAGCACCUGAUGACAUUUAUGAAGAGUUCGAGCAACAUAGGUUGCUGCUACACUGCAAAGAAAGAGAGAAAGCCAUAACUAGAUAACCAUCCGUCCUAGCCUUGGUGGACAGAGCUACUUGGUACCUGUUGCUGGUGGGAGGUGGCAAGUAUCGCGUGGAAUUAGUCGAGGUGUGUGAAAGCUGGCCCGUACACCACGGUCAUCAAAACUUUUUUAUAGUUCCUAACUACUAUAAUACCUGCUUUGCCUGUGGCUUGAAAGAAGUGCUACCGUCUGUAUUGAUUUUGACACAGCCAGGACUUGGUUGACAUAACAGCCUUCCAAUUCACAGUUAGCCUCGACUUUCCACUUGCUCACAGCUUCAAGGUCAAAUCCAAGUUAACUUGUAUUUGGAAUAGGCCUUAUUUAUAGCUGCCUGCUUGAAUGAUCCUUGUCGAUCUGGAUAUCACAUUGACAUCGAUGUGAUUGAACUUCUUGUCUCCAAAUUUGAUAGCACACCAACUCCUCCGUAUCUCCCAACAAACUAUAAUUGGGGUUAUCUGCAGCAAUGUUGUUUUCCUUUUCAUGUUUAAUGUGACCCUUUUAGUUGUUAUUAGAACUGAUUCGGUGAUUCCUACCAUCUGACUAGUGUGAAUGGUAGUGGGCUUUAGACACUCUUGCUGCUUGAUUGCCUUCCUUACUUAAAGAUGUUAGAUGUGAUGCAACAUGCAAAGUUAGAUCAACAUACAUGGAUUAUGCAAACAACACUAUUUAUUAAGCAGGGGUGGGCUUAAUGAAUUUAUGCCAAUUUUUUUAUUUUUUCAUAAAGUGUUCCUUCCACUUCACAGAAGAGUGCAUUUCGCUUCGCACUUCAAGCCUCAUGGACACUUUUUGCUACUGAUGAUUAUUGAGUCGAGCGUUUCUUGGAAAUCUCUAAUUUAU